CCCAGUCCAGAAGUUCAUCAGCGAGGACCGCCUGCCUCACCUCCUGCUCUACGGGCCGCCUGGCACCGGCAAGACCUCCACCAUCCUCGCCUGCGCCCGGCAGCUCUACAAGGACCGGGAAUUCAACUCCAUGGUUUUAGAGCUGAACGCCUCCGAUGACAGAGGAAUUGAUAUAGUCAGAGGGCCCAUCCUGAGCUUCGCCAGCACCAGGACCAUCUUCAAGAAAGGCUUCAAGCUGGUGAUCCUGGAUGAGGCGGAUGCCAUGACGCAGGACGCCCAGAACGCCCUGCGGAGAGUGAUCGAGAAGUUCACGGAGAACACCCGCUUCUGCCUCAUCUGCAACUACCUGUCCAAGAUCAUCCCGGCCCUGCAGUCCCGCUGCACGCGCUUCCGCUUCGGCCCGCUCACGCCAGAGCUCAUGGUGCCCCGGCUGCAGCAUGUCAUCGAGGAGGAGAAGGUGGACGUGACGGAGGACGGGAUGAAGGCCCUGGUGACCCUCUCGAGCGGCGAUAUGCGCAGAGCCCUCAAUAUCCUGCAGAGCACCAGCAUGGCCUUCGGGACGGUGACAGAGGAGAACGUUUACACCUGCACCGGCCACCCCCUCAAGUGUGACAUUGCCAACAUCCUUGACUGGAUGCUCAACCAGGACUUUUCCACUGCCUACCGGAAAAUCGCCGAGCUGAAGACGCUGAAGGGCCUGGCCCUGCACGACAUCCUCACCGAGAUCCACCUGCUCGUGCACAGGGUCGACUUCCCGCCCUCGAUCCGUAUCCAGCUGCUGAGCAAGAUGGCAGAUAUCGAGUACCGGCUGGCAGCAGGGACGAGCGAAAAGAUUCAGCUGAGCUCCCUCAUCGCAGCUUUCCAAGUCACCAGGGACCUGAUCGUGGCCGAAGCCUAGGACUGCGGC